CCCCUCCAAAUCAUUGGAUUCUGGUGUUUCAAUCACCUCCAUGGCCACACGUGAAAAAAAAAUCAAGCACCUAGGCAUGCAGACUGCUCCUACAAACAUUUGUGAAAGAAUGGGUCGCUCUCAGGAGCUCAGUGAAUUCAAGUGUGGUGGCUACCUGUGCAAUCAGCCCAUCAGUGAAAUUUCCUUGCUACUAAAUAUUCCAUGUGCAACUGUAAGUGGUAUUAUAACGAAGUGUAAGGAACUGGGAACAAUAGCAACUCAGCCACGAAGUAGUAGGCCACGAAAAAUGACAGAGCGGGGUCAGCGCAUGUUGAAGCACACAGUGCGCAGAAGUCUCCAACUGUCUGCAGAGUCAACAGCUAAAUACUUCCAUACUUCGUGUGGCCUUCAAUUAGCACAACAAGAGUGCAUAGAGAGCUUCAUGGAAUGGUUUUCCAUGGCCGAGCAGCUACAUCCA